CUCACUCAAAUGAGAGCGGAGUAACAUAGAAUGUGAAGAUGACGAUUAAUAUGAAUUCCUAAAGAAAUUCCUCAUACAUAUAAUGGCUUUAACCAUGGCUACAACUACAACCCCUCCUCUGCUUUUCUCCACAGCCACCACCGCCAACAACAACAACAACAACAACAACCAUGCCCAACCCUUUAGCCAUAACAGCCACACAAACCUUAUCCACUUGUUGAACGAACCUAUUGCUAUGCCUCAACUCAAGCAAAUUCACGCUCAAAUGAUACGCACCAUUGAGACCAACCAUCCACAAGCUCUCUUUCUCUAUGGCAAAAUUCUUCUUUACUCCUCUUUGGUUGAUCUUAACUAUGCUACUCGGGUGUUUCAUCACUUUGGGAAGCCCAAUUCCUUCAUGUGGAACACUCUCAUAAGAUCCUACGCACGAAGCAACAACCGCAAAGACAAGGCCAUGGAGCUUUACAAAGCAAUGAUGGUGGUUGAAGAAGAAAGUGUGGUUCCUGAUAACCACACAUUCCCAUUUGUUCUCAAGGCGUGUGCUUACAUGUUUUCUCUUUGUGAAGGAAAACAGGUUCAUGCUCAACUUUUGAAACUUGGGUUUGACUCAGAUACUCAUAUUUGUAACAGUUUGAUUCAUUUUUAUGCCACCUGCGGGUACCUAGACUUGGCAGAGAAAAUAUUUAGGAACAUGCCUGAAAGAAGUAAGGUUUCGUGGAAUAUCAUGAUUGAUUCUUAUGCAAGGGAUGGAGAGUUUGACACUGCAUUGAAAGUUUUUGGUGAAAUGCAGAAGGUACAUGACUCUGAUGGUUAUACAAUGCAGAGUGUUAUUAAUGCUUGUGCUGGUUUGGGGGCUUUGUCUUUGGGUUUGUGGGCUCAUGCUUAUAUUUUGAAAAAGUGUGACAAUAAUAUGGCUGGUGAUGUUUUUGUCAACACUUGCUUGGUGGAUAUGUAUUGCAAAUGUGGAACCUUAGAAUUUGCUCAACAAGUCUUUGAAAGCAUGCCUUAUAGAGAUGUAAAUUCAUGGAAUUCAAUAAUCUUGGGUUUUGCCAUGCAUGGCAAGGCUGAAGCAGCAUUUGACCAUUUUGUCCGAAUGGUGAAGAUAGAGAAAUUGGUGCCCAAUUCUAUCACUUUUAUUGGCGUCUUGAGUGCAUUUAAUAGAAGGGGCAUGGUUAACGAGGGUAUUAGCUAUUUUGACAUGAUGACUAAGGAGUAUAAUUUUGAACCACAAUUAGAGCAUUAUGGAUGUCUAGUUGAUCUUUAUGCUCGAGCUGGGCGCAUAGAAGAGGCUAUAAACUUGGUUUCUGAAAUGCCAAUAAAACCAGAUUCUGUAAUCUGGAGGAGUAUUCUGGAUGCAUGUUGCAAGCAACAUGCAAGUGUUGAGCUAAGUGAAGAAAUGGCAAAACAAGUUUUUGAAUCAGAGGGGAGUGUUAAUAGUAGUGGUGUUUAUGUGCUUUUGUCAAAAGUCUAUGCUUCAGCUAGCAGGUGGAAUGAUGUAGGAUUGCUUAGAAAACUAAUGACUGAUAAGGGUGUGACUAAAGAGCCUGGCUGUAGUUUAAUAGAGAUAGAUGGAGUGGCUCAUGAAUUUUUUGCUGGGGACAGCACUCAUCCACAAAGUAUAGAUAUAUACAAGUUUGUGAGUGAAAUUGAGGAGAAGCUACAAUCAAUAGGGUAUAUACCUGAUUACUCAGGGGCACCUUUGGUUGAUGAGGUUAAUGAUGGAAAACAAAAACUGAGGUUGCACAGUGAGAGACUGGCCAUAGCUUUUGGGCUCUUAAACAGAAGACCAGGCAUGCCAAUAAGAGUGUUUAAGAAUCUUGGAGUGUGUAAUGAUUGUCACAAGGUAACUAAAUUAAUCUCCAGAAUUUACAAUGUGGAGAUAAUUGUAAGAGAUCGUAUUCGAUUCCAUCACUUUAAAGAUGGAACCUGUUCCUGUAUGGAUUGUUGGUGAUUGAUGCUCUUGUGUCAGGGGUUAUGAUAUGAAUGUAGUUAUAACUUAUAAGUCACCUAUGGACCAAUUGGAAAAAAAGAAAAUAGGUUUUUUUUUUAACCUAAUAGCAAAGAAAAAAUGGGACGAACCGAAGCAGUGGUAAAAUUGUUCCUUUAUGACUGGAAAUCUUGUACAACAUUGCAUAUUGAUUAUUGAUUUCCA